AGUCAGUUCAGCCUUGGCAUGUCUAGCUGAUCCGAAGGCGUUUGGGCCAUGGCUUCUUCCGUCGAGUCGAGCAGGGCCCCUGUGUUUUCCACUUUGGCCUCUUCUGUGAGCUCUGGAACCCACAAGAUCAUUUUGACGGCUUCCCAUUCAGCUGCACGGGCAGACAGCCAUGCUAGACGAUUGGGAGAAAAGAUUGCUGUGACCUCCAAGCAGUUCCUAAGCACUGCCAUGGAACGGCUCGGAGACAGCCAAAGCCGUUUUUGGCACUCCAAUCUCCCUCCACUGCCUGAAGGUCUACGUGAUUGCCCAGAGGGCUCGGUCGAUAUCGUGCUUCCUUCUUCCGAUGCAGAACGUUUAGAAUGUCUUCGGGAUUUGGGACGGACCAUGCAAGGAGGUAGCAUUCUGGUCUUGGGGCGCCGAAGACUUUACCCCGUCCGUCCGGAUCACCAAGAGAACGUGGGGAAUGUGAAUGCUGAAUCCUGCAGUGCUGCUUUGGAUGCCUUGGCGGAUGCGAUUGCUCAAGAGCUUCUCGAUCAAGGCUUUGGGCUUACAUCCAGUGGUGUGAACACCUUGAUGUGCCGACGUGGCACGCUCGGGGUCAACAGCCACUUGGAGGAGGACGAUACACCAUCUCCUGAGCACCUGCAGAGGCUCAAGGAGCGCAAGAUCGACCAAGCGGUUCUGCGAGCACUGGCCGAAGAGUGUGCCGUGAAUAUCUCGGUGAGCCCUGGCAUGCAGCUGGUGGUCGAGCGUGGACUUCCACCCGUUCUCUUGCAGCCCACCUUUGUCAUUUGCAUUGGUGGGGGUCAAGUGAGAGUUCUGACCUUCGCUUUCAUUGGAGAACCCGUCACCGGCGAUCGCCCGGAUCGGAAGCGCACACCCUUCUCCAUUCGCCUGGCCACGGACAAUCUGCUUCCAUCCGCCACAUCCGCCUUCUCCAUCCGCAGCGCCAAGCUGAAAUACGCAGCUCAUGGAGUAGACCCUGCGGUGCAGACGACGCUGGACAUGAUCGUCUUGCUGGAGGAGGAGUUGUUUGCUGCCAAUGAGGCGGGAGAUUGGCAAAAGUUGGCAGCACUGGAGCCGGUCCUUCUCGAAGAAGAUCUGGUGGACGCGGAACCGAAGGAGAUAGAGCGCAGGAGGAUGGAAAGUGAGAGCUGGCUCAGCCAGACAGAAAUCGCGGAAGGCUAUGGUUCAGCAACAGUGGCUGCUGCGCCAGCCAACAGUGCACAAUUGCCUGGCCUCCCGCAGAAAGCGUCUAGACGACUCAGUUGGCUUUUGCACAGAUUUGCGCCCAGACAACAUCUGGCAUCCGAGGAGUCCGAGACACCGGCGCAUGGGGAGACAUCUAUUGGUUUGGCCGGAAGCGUCUAUGGGAAUGAAGGUCUCUAGGAAUGGCCGGGGACGCUGACGUGAUGGUUUUCGGACACCUCCAGAAUUGGAGCGGCCCGAGCCACAGAAGCAGACCUUAAAGGUCUUUGCUGAGCUCAAAAGAAAGGGGACCUGUUUGGGGUUGAAAGAUCCAAUCCAAAGUACCUAUACAUGUGCGUUUUUGCCUUAGUUGACAUUCGGGUAUCUAAUAGAUUACCCGUUCGUGAGGUAAAACCACAUGAGUCAGGAUACAAGUUUUUGUUCCAGUGACUCAGCCCUUGUGCAGAGGUGGCCAGCCACCUUUGCAUCUUGGUUGCUGAGGCAAACUUCCUGGAAAGCUAGAAAGAUUUGC